AUGACGGUCUCGGAUCCACUGAUUAAAGACUUGAAAGGAUGGACGAGAAAAUUGACAGAAUUAAAUGCUGAUAUAACUGACAGGAGUCCGGAUUUAUUAUUAUUCUGCGAAUGUUUAGAAAAAUGUUUGCAACAGGGUAUUAUACAUCAUUUAAACUCUUUUGGUCUAUCAAAAUCAUCAGAAGUGUGGGACUGGAUUGAAGAAUUGAUAGAAAGACAUCUAGGUGAUCUGCCGACAUUGUCACUGGCAUUUGAAGCAGUUUCACAGAAUGAAAAAAUUCAAACACCUGUUGGAAAAUUGCGGCUAUUUAUUAGGAUAUGUUUGAUGAAAAAAUGCUUCCACUUGCCUGUGCAGAUGCUAGUCAGAAAACCUGGAGUGUCACGAGAUUAUUACGAACCGAUGAGUAUUCUUGGUGAUGAAAUUCUUGGAGAAAUUUUUCUUUCAGUCUUAUUACAAAUCAGCAGAUUACAGUUUUGUCUGAAUAUUCGGAAUGCCAGAUUUCUUGAUGACACCUGGCAACUGCCUGAGCUGCUUACUUUUGAAUUAGUGCCUUCAUUGGUUGUUAAUGUCCAAGAAAAUUCAGUAGCUGCAGAAGACGGUAAAGUUGAAGUCGGCGAUGUUUUGGAUGAAAUAAACAGCCAAGUACUCACAACAAAUACUCGAGGGAAAUUAGGAAAAUUAUUAAAAAAGUCAUUUGGUCAACCUAUAACUUUGCAUAUUAUAAAAAAACGUUACAAGUCAAACGAAUUGUAUGGGCCGAUUGCGUCCCUGAUAAAAAAUUGUGGAAUCGAUCGUCUAAAAGUUAUUUUGAAGCCACAAAAACCAGUUGAGUGUCUGGAACAAAAAGCUGUGGUGGAAGUCAAGAAAAAUCCUGAUAACCCAGGGUACCGAGUUGCGUACUGUGGGAAUGUUUCAACAGGCACUGCUGGAGAUGUAAAGCAAAUCGAGCAAGCUAUUAACAAACUUAUAAAGCGCGGUGAUAUUAAAUUUAUUGAUGUUAAGUUUGAGUGCUUAGAAAUAGGUAUCAAAGUAACACAAGAAUCAGAUGAUUCUGUAAUUUUAAAUCAAUCUUAUAUGGAAAUUUCAUCUUGUGGACGUACUGCCAAUAUUCCAGACUAUUUUGCAUUUAUUGCAGGGGAUAAAAACUGUAAUUCAUCAAAAAAAUUUACGGCUUAUAUUUUUCAUCAUCGUAAUUCUAAUGAAGUUCAAACUAUUCUUCAAAGUUUAGCUCAAGGUUUUCAUCGUACACAUUAUGCAGUUUAA